GCGUUAAUUAUAGUUCGUGGCAAAGCCUCUGGCGCCACGAUUUUGAACAGGCUGAAGAGUAAAAACAAGUAGCAGCGCUAAAGAGGGCAGCAAAUGAAUGAAUGUCAGGUAAUCCUUUUGAAAUUCUUACACACAAUUUUUCAACGAGUAAUUCUUCAACUGUUCUGUCGUUAUGCCGCGUGGCAACACAAGUGAAUAAAAAAAUAAAGAAGACGAGGAAGAAGUCUUCAGCUAUUACUUUGCAUUACCGGGGCAAUGAGCGAGAAUGAGAAAAGAAGAAGAUGAACAACUCAAAUGGGACAGCAUUCAGGGCACCUUGCAUUUUUUUUUCUUUGGGCAACCCCUGGUUUGGUAUAACAAUUUUCACUCUAGUUUAACAUGUGAUUAUUAUUCCUAUUUCGUUUAUUUUUAGCGCUCUAUAUCUUCCCUAUUCGCACUAGGACAAUGCGCUGAAAUGGGUGAGUUCGAUUGAUUUGGAAGAACCGGAACUAGAACAAAUCGAACGUUUCCCUUUUUUUAUUUGCUUUAAGCAGUAAAAGUUACAUUUUCAGUUUAUUUUUUUUUCUUAACUAAAAACUUCAUUCUCUAAGCCCUGCAUUGAUUACUCAUAGAGAAGUUUCGUAUGUCCUUUGUGAGGUAAGAGAGUGAAAGAGCUAGGAUCGUUAUUGACAAUAAUUUUAUAACUUGUUUAUCAGAGGUCUUUUCGUUUUGUGUUGUCCCAUCGAUUAGCUUUGGCUUACUCGAUUAAUGGGCAAGUGUCAUAGUUAAAAACCUUAUUCAUCAUCAUCAUCAUUGUUGUCGUCGUCGUUGUCGUCGUCGUCAUCACUUCUGUAAGCUGAAGAGUGUUCCAGUCUGGGCGGUUGCAGCAACACCGAGGUCGAAUCCCGCACACCAACCUACGAGCUGAGAACAGGAGACUGUCUGCCGCCAUGGCAACUUCAGCCCCUUCAAGAACUGGGGAUAACUUUCCAUCGUCAGAAGAAUCAAUCGACGACUGCGAACUCUCUCCAGUCAGUUCCACAGAUGACGAGGCCCCGAACGGGCUUUGCAGCCUUAUGCACAGUUUUACGACCUCAAGCAAAGACUCAAGCAUGGACUACUUAGCACUCCGAUCGGAUGACCACGUCGGCUUGGACGGUGGUGCUUCUUCUACGGACAUGGCGCUGCCAUUACCUAGCAGCUAUGUCGAAAGGCCAAUGUCUCACAACAUGCCAAGAAAAGUGUCAGCGCCACAAGGUACUAAAGCCGAUCCUACGAAAACCUUCUCUAGCAUUGGUGAUAGCUCAUAUUCAUGGUGUUACUUGGAACUUGAGCGGCUCACAAGCACAAUCAGUAUUGGAGCUGAAUAUAGGGGAACAAUAGCAGAUCUUGAAACUCCGGAUGGUCAACUCAGGCGCAAUAAUAUCAAUAGCUCGCUGUCAUCGGACCCCAACAUUUGUCAAACAGCUUCACGAGCAACCAUCGAUGGGCCACAUUUCUCUACUGCUUCAGGCAACUAUGCGAAAAAGGACCAUGUAUUCGACACUGCUGCUCCACGUGGUACUACUGGAGACGCGGCAACCAACGGAAACAUUAAAUCAGGCUGGUCAACGAGAACUCACGAGAGCGCUUUUGUCCAACCGCCACUCCUUUCUACCAUGUAUGCUCACAACCCCCACAUGAUCAUUGGAAUCGACGACCAAAUAUAUCCUGGCACAGUGAAGGCCCCCGUGGCGUCAGCAACAUCUACAAAAGAAAAUCGAAAGUCACAAUCGAAUGUACCGAACUGCUCAGCAUCAACAAUACAUGCGCCCGUGCAGCUACCUAUGUGGUCAAGCGCUGUGAAUCCCCUUAGAGCUGACAUUGCCUCCCUAUGGGAAAAACAUGCAUUAAUCAUAGCUCGUGCAAACAACUCUGAACGCUACGAUCUGCGCAAGAAUGUAAACAUGAGUAGCUUUCGCCAACAAAAGCACUCACGGCCAGCCCCACACGUCGAAGACCUCUGUGCACGGCCAGGUUGCAGUACGUCUGUUUCCGCUGCAGAUGCUGAAGAACUGCCGCCUGUAAUUGUUAAGGCCCAAUAUGAACGAAAGCAUGGUCUACUGGCAAGCGGAAUGGAAAAAGAAUGCAGUAGUAAGGAGGACUUCAGGGGGAAUGCAUUUCGUCGACUGAACACGGACGAAGAGAUGCACGAAGCCUCACAAAACACAUGGAAUAUUGGCAGGUGCAUAGAAUUUGAUAAAGGCGUCGCAACUUCCAGCUACCGACGGCGAUUGUUAGACCCAGAACCCGCUAGCACUGCACCGGCCACCAAAAGUUCGAAGCGCAAGACUCACCAGAACCCGCAGCCCGAAAGAAAUAAGCGUACCAGGCGCUCAAGCAUAAACAAAGACGCCAUUGGGCUGCCGAUAUCGGAACUGGACAGAAAGAAAGACAAAGGCAACACAAAGGUCCAAGACAUGCCCAGUAAUCAACAAAUAAGAAUGCAUUCGAAUUCUGCAGAGAUCGACGAAGAAAUGGGCUCUACUCAUCAAUUCGACGAUAGCAGCCAAUCUCCCAUGCGUCCCAGUGCAACAGAGACAGCGCACCGUGAUGCUAGCUACUCUCGCAUUGUACAUAGAAGGACCUACAAGGAAAACAGGGCGGCCAAUAACGUCGCAGUGGAUGAGCACCUUGCAAUACCUCUUUGCCUACUGCAGCAGUACGACGACUUCUAUGCUGGCGCGAGCAACAAUGACCCGCGGAUGUUGUCUGGCUGGAAACCCGGCGAACGCUUGGGAAUGAGAAGCUUCAGUAAGGGUCCAAAGUUAUUUUCUCGACCAGCGCAGGACUGAGUGUACAGUCUCCGUGAGCACGCGGGUACAUGCUUCUGCACUUUCGCUUGUGAGCACAUAACCGCGUAGCCUUCCUUUUUUUUUCUUCAUAGUGGUGACAGAUGCCGAGACUGACCAAUAACUGUUUUCUAGGAUGACAAAUAACAGCUGAGCAGCGACACGAAAUACCUUUAAGCAAGUAACUCCAUGGCAAGCGAAGUCGACAGCGCAAAGGCAUGUUCCCAUCUUCCCAGUUAACAAAUCACUUAAUUUUUAAUACCUACUGAGAGCAAUCAUACAUUAAUGAAACCUUAGCCGUCGGCUAUUUUAAAAGUUGUAACCUGUUAUUCUGCACACUAUAUUGUUUACCUUUUUUCCAUAAAUCUGAUCAAACAGGCGUGAAGCGUGACGCAGAGAGAAUAAUGCGGCAGUCGACAUGAAAACAGCACAAUGUUUCAGCCUUCACUUCCUCCCAUGUUUGUUUGUUUUUUGUAGGAGAGACACGGAUUUGGAAAAAUAUCUUGAACACAAUAAGUUCGUUAUGUAUUUUAUUUUACUAGUAACUUCGCAGCCGCGUGGUUUUGCCGCCCACUUCCGCUCUGAAGAAGGUGGUUCAUUUUGUUGAAACGUGAAACUUGUAGCAACCCGAAGCAAUUGCAUAGAAAAGAAAGUAAAGGAAGUUCAGUAACGCUGUC